CGCCGAUGAAGCUGAAGCUGUCGCGCUCGCAGCAGCAGCAGCAGCAGCUGCGCCGGCUGACCACCGACGACCCGGACGAACCGGAGGAGUACGCCGUGCUGCCGUCGGAGAUCCCGGCGCUGCGACCCGGCCAACGCGACCCCAUCUACCACCAGACGCAGUACCGCGUGUACCAGCCGCCGGACCCGCCGCCGCUGCCGCCGGCCAGCAGCCCGCCGCUGGACGUGGGCCCGCCGCCAGCUCACACCUCGCCCGGCUACGUGACGUGUGGCGUCUGCGGCGGCACCAAGUACUACACCUACACGGACCAGUGCCGGCUGUACGACUCGUACGCGUGCGAGGCCUGCCGCAAGUUCGUGGCGCGCCAGCCGGUGACGCAGCCGGUGCAGUGCCAGUUGGGGCUGGGCCAGUGUCACAUCCCGGUGCUGGUGCCGCGCCACGCGGCCGAUACGCGCUGCCGCGCCUGCUGGCUGAAGCGCAGCCUGAUGGCCUUCAACAUGCCGCAGGAGAAGCACGACAAGCUGCGCGAGUGUCUGCCGCCCAGCCUGCGCGACACGGUGCCCGUGUGCGCCGACAAACCGUACAAGGAGACGGGCGUGUGCGAGCGGGACACGCUGGAGUGAGCGGCACGACGGCGCCGCCGGCGGCGGGGGCGAGGCCGGCUGACCCGGCGGCGGCGCCGCCAGGGGGCGGAGCGGCGGCGCCGGGGCUUCGACGAGGCCGGCGCCGCCGCCGGAGGCGACGCCGGCUGACCCGACAGCGGCGUCGGUGGGACGGCGGACGGCGCCGCCGCCGGAGUGGAGUGGAGUCAGUGUGGAGACCACUGUACAAAGCCUAGGUGUAAGAUGAGUCCCGGUGACGAGCGGCUACCUUCCACAGCGUGCGCGGCAGGCUGUCGUGGGCGGGGCGCCUUCGCCGCGCGGCGGAACUGGCGCGUUGCGCGGAGGGUGGUUUCGCCAGGUGUGUUUGUCGAGACCUUCCGCUGUUUUGAUGGGGCUGAAAUGGGAGCUGUUCGAGGUCUUUGUUGAGUGGUCAUUUACCAUGCUGGUUCAUUCGCAGAUUUUCAUUGGACGACGGCAGUUACCAGAAGUGCAUGAAUUGAAUGCGUGAUUCUCCGGGAAAACCUCCGAACUGCCCUGGCAGUGCUGUAUGAAAUAUGCAAAGUUGAAAUGACGUCACACUUUCCCGGCCCUGUCGUUGGUUUUUUUAUUUGGAGUGGCUGAUACUGGGGUGAGUCGCGAGUGAUUUUUAAAGCUACGUUACGCUGCAUGUGCGCCUAAGCAAAACACGAAUUGCCACGUAUAUGCUUAGCAUUGUAAUGACGAUCCUUGUCAGUGCCGUAAUAAACCCACGAGCGUGA